AUGUUAUAUUAAAAUCAGAUUAUAAAACAAUUUAAAUUGAUGAAAAUAGACAUAACUAUUCUCCUGAUUCUCGUAUCAAUAACAGUAAAUAUAAAAUUAAGAGAAGUAGAACGAGGAACUGUAGGAGAUCUCGACAGGUUGUUAAACAGCGCAGAAUCCUUGCUUAAAAAAGUGUGAAGAGGGCUAUCAACUGUGUGAAGAUCCGAAUAAUAGAAGAUGUGAGUACGGCUAUUUUAAAUUAAAUAUAGAGGAUGAGAACUAUUGUGUGAGAUGGUAUUGAAUUUGAUUUUUAAAUAAAAAGUCCAUUUUCAUAUGUGGACGAAAUGAUGUACUUAUGUAUGGAUUGCCCAGAGAAUUCAGACACCUGGUAAAAUUCCAGAUAAUGCACCUACAAUUAUGCCAUUACACAUGGAGAUGUAAAUGGGGCAUUCAGAAAGAUCGCGAUUACUGAAACUCAAAUUUUCAAAAUACGCCAAGUACCAUCCAAAACAGCAGGAGGAAGCAAUACUUAUUCAACUGAAUUAUGUGAGGGGUGUUAAUCAUUCUGUGAUUAGUCCGAUACUGCAGAUGAAGAACUAGAAUGCAAUAUCCUAUCAGAUCAGGAUGAUGUUAUAUAUGUUGGAGUAAUAUGUUCUGAUGGCUAUUACUUUGACAACGACACCUGUAUGACUUGUCCUUUUUAUAAUUGCAAAACUUGCGAUAGUUAUGAAUGCUCUGAAUGUUUUGAUGGAUAUACAAUGGAUCCCACCUAAAAAUGUAUCCCUUGUUUUGAAGGAUGUGCAAAAUGCGAAUAUUACAAUGGAAUUCUGUGUUUAGAGUGCAUCCAAAAGAAGGAUACUUAUCAGAUAAUGAUGUAGAGUGGAGUAGUGUGUUCUUCUUGUGAUGAUGGGUGCAUAAGAUGUUAAGUUGAGUAUGUGGAUGGAGUAGAAUAACAACGUUGCACUCAAUGUUAAGCUGAUUAUAUUGUACACAAUGAAGGAUCGAGGUGUGAAUACAAAGAAAUCUUCGAUUGCGAAAUAGCUUACUUUGAAUAUUCAAAAGAUGGAGUGAAUAAAUUGCAGACAUAUAAUUUGGACUUUGAAAUUGUUAGAGACUACUCAGCCAAAUUAAAAUGUUAUAAAUGCCAACAAGGCUAUAAACUAACAGGUGGAGAGGAUUGCACUCCAUAUACUGACACCGAUCCCUUUUGUAGCACUCGUGAUUAAGAUAAAAAUCUAUGUUUGGAAUGCUAAAAUAAUAAGGUACUCAAAUAUGAAAAUGGAGGCACUCUAUCUAGUUCUUGUGUGCCAGACUAAGAGUGCAAUAAGAAAAUUAAUUAUUGUGUAUAAUGCAUUUCAUACAUGGUCAAUACGGUUGAAUAAUAUUAAUGUCUUAAAUGUCAAAAAGGAUAUUAUCCUGAUAUCUUCUCCAAUCUAUGUUUACAAUGCCAAUCCAGAUGCGAUGAAUGUUGGCAAUAUACUAAUACUUAUAACAUUACUGCCUAUCUCCAAUUGCAACUAGCUGGAAUAGAUUACGAAUAAUUUACACAAGACUUACAACUUAUUCAAAUGGAAAAACUCAAUGACCCCUUCUGUUCAAUUUGUCAAAUCGGAUUCAAUUUAUACAACAAUCAAUGCAAAGGUUGUACUGAUAGUUGUGUUCCAGAAACAAUUUAAGAUGGAGACUCCCAAUGCUUGUACUUGGAUAAUACUGCUUAUUGUGCCAAAUGUCCUCUCCCCUCAUUAUAAUAAUCAUUGACUGCUGACAAUAGUGAAUGCAAUGAGUGUCCCUAUAAUUGCAUCGCUUGCAGAGAAAGGACACAGGAGGAAAUCAACAUAGUCAAUCCUUUUUUUGAUCCAGACUCAGAUCAAUUUCAAAAAUACAGUAAUUAUUGCUACAAAACAACUUAGCCAAAAGCUGAUCAAAAGAUUUACAUUGACUCGUUCUUAGGAGUUCCCAUUACAUGUGCUAAUAAUCCCAACUAUAAAGGAUGUUAUAAAAAACUAGACACUACUUUUACUGUAUAUUGUGGGGAUACAAAUGAUGUCCCAUAAGCAAAUGAAAUCAAAUUGAAGGAUGUCUAUAAAAAAUAGAAAACUAAAACUGUCACUUUAUACCUCUAAGGAUUAGAAAAUGCAUAAAAGUAUAAUGAAUACAAUUAGUAGACUGUCAACUAAAUUGAUAUCCAUAUUAAUUUCAUUUCUGACGAUCAUGGCACCUGUAACUUUGAUAAACCCAUCUAUAUUAAAUCAAGUUUUUAAAGGAACAUUUUUACUUUACAACAAUUAUCGGUUAUCAUCAAUGGCUAGCAUUCGAUCUUCAAACAAGCUGGAAGAAUAAUACUCUAGGAUUAUUCAAAUGUAGAAAUUUAAAAUGUCAAUUUCAAAGAAAAAGCAUCUGGUGAUUUUGGAUUAGAGAUUUUAGGCGAGAAGACCAUGCUAACUAUGACAAACUGUAAAAUUAUUAAGGAUAACCUUGCAAGCUCAUUUAAUAUUGUGUUAUAAAACACGAUAUACCUGAAAUUAUAGUAAGUUGAAUUUGAAAAUCUUAAAAAUGAAACAAUCAUCUAUUAAACAUCAACUAAUGAAUUCCAAGAAUAAGGACAAUACAUAUUUGAGGAUGUUCAUGUAAAAAAUAGUGAAAUAAAUGAUGCUCUUAUUAUAGUUAAUUACAUAGGAGCUAAUAAUAUCUUAUUAAUCAAUUCACUAAAGUUCUCGAAUUCUAACAUUACUAAUACGGCUGUCUUUUCAGAUUUAAUAACAACCCCAAGUUAUAGUGCUAUUAUAAAUGAUCUUAAAUUGAUCAAAUGUACAAUUACAAAUGCUAGCAUCUUUAAUUUUGCCUUAGUCACAUUAUUUCAAGCUGAAAACUUAGAAAGUGUAUUGACUUUAUUCCAAAAAAGGUCGAAUUUUAUUAUAAGCACUACAUUCACAAUUGAAAAAUUGUUUUGCUAUCACUCCUUAUUUGCUAAUAGCUCCUAACUCAUAAUUACAAACAAUCAAAUUUAUAAUUCUGAUCAGAAAUCCAGCAUUCUAUAAUUCUCCUUCAAAUAGAUAAUGUUUAAAAACAACAUUUGCUAAAAUGUCAACUGUUUGAUGUUCAUUGCCACUCCUCUAAAUAAUUUUGGUAUAAGUUCCAACAUUGAAAUUGAAUACUUGACCAUCUCAGAAUUGCAAGUCCAAUCCAUAAGUCAAAUGAAUAUAGACUUGGUUUCAUCAGCCUUGGUCAAUCUAUAAAAUGUUGGCGAUGUCACUUUGAAUGAAUUGACAAUUAAAAAUGCUCAAGGAAUAUCUAUAAUAUUUAUUGGUGAUUCCCAAUCGAUUGAGAUUACUAAUGCAUACUAUUUUCUGGAAAUGUCGAAUGAGAUGCUCUAUGAAUACGAAGAAGAAAUAACUGAGAAUUUUGAGAUUGACCCUACCCUAGGAAAUUACAUUAUGGUAACCAAUCCAUUCAAUAACCUAUUACCCAAUUCUCCUGAUUGUGCUAAUAGGAAACGAACUGCACAUUAGUUUAAUUCUUACCUCAUAUACAUUGAAGGAUUCCAAGGAUCCAUUGUUAUGGAUAACAUUGAAGUCUUUAAUUUGCUAUUUAUUGAUAGAUCUGCCAUAUUUAUUAAAUCUUAUCAAAUCUUAUUAUAAAUGUAGAUGGAAACCAUUUAACUUUAGAAUUUGAAAUUUGAUAACAACAGACUUGCAUCGUCAUUAGAUGGGGAAAUGAUGAGCUUGAUAACAAUUGAUUCAGAGUAAUACCAAAACAUCACUAUACUCAAUGCCUAGUACAAUCAGAAUCAUUUACAUCAAAUCACAAAUUCAUAAACAACCCAAACCCCAGCACUUCUAUUAGUAAUCUCUCCGAACUCCAUUUUGAAUUUGUUGGAUUCAUAUUUCAAUUACAAUCGAAUCACAAAAUCAACCAAUGGAUUGAUGUGGAUAAAAGUAGAUUAAUUUAUACUCUACAACUGUUAUUUUUAAAAGACAAACAUUUUGGAUCUGUAAUGGUUGGACUAUCUUGAAGAAUACUAAUUGACAACUGAUGAUCCUGCUACAACUAUUAUCAAUCUAAGUAAUAUGAGUUAUUUAAUUUUAGAAUAAUAUUUUUACAUCCAAUCUAUGGGAUCUAACUUAUAUUUGAUAUCCACAUUCAUCUAUAUUGAGAACUUGUAGAUUACUGAAUCCUAUGGAUAAUCUGGUGCUGGAAUCUUCCUGGAAUUGUUAGAUGGAGUUGUCUAUAUAAUGCACUCUUAGUUUUAGAAUAUAUAAAGUAGUUUAUAAAGUAUUGAUGAUACCGAAGGAGGAUGUUUAACAAUAAAUUCAGAAAGUUCUCAGAUGUAAUUGGAAUUAAAUUCUGUCGUCAUGACCAAUUGCACUGCAAGAAUUAGAGGAGGAUGUAUUCAUUUAUACCCAACCAAAUUCAAACAAACCAUUAUAUUCAAAGACUCCCAAUUCUCACUCUGCCAAUCAUUGGGAUAUUCAUUUCUAAGCAAUCCUUAUUUAGAAUCCACCGAUCAACCUGUAAUUGAGUUCUUGAACAUCUAUAUAGGCGAUAACAACUACGAUAACUUUAUUCAAAAUAUACCUGAUUUAACCUUAUUGGAGUAAAUGCUAUUGAUUAAGGAUUCUGGAAUCUAUUAUCAGCACACAGGAUAGUUAAUAAUUCGAAAUUCCAAAUUUACUAACAUUAAAUACAUAAGUAUCAUAAAGGCAGUUGGAAUGACUGAUAUAUCCAUAUCUCAAUGUGUGUUCACCAAAAACAUUCUCUUUUUAAUGCCUCUCUUAGAUCUCUAAAUGACACCAACUGUCUCGAACUCAAUAUAAGUUGUCGCAUCUUAAUUUGUUGACAAUUGGUCUACAGAUAUCAAUCCAAUUGUAAAUAAUUGUGAUGAAUUUAUUAGAGAAGGCCUGGAUUAAACCUUAUCUCAAUAAACUUGUGAUUAAAUUAUGUACAUAAUUGAUUUUUAGAAUUUUAUGAAUUAAGAUCAAAUAACUUGGAAUAGUGAUCAAUAUUUGUUAAGUUAUUAGUACCUAACUGAAUAAGAUAAGUACGAGUCUGUCUAUUCAUUUAAUUUUUAUUAUUCUAAGACUACUCAAGUAGUUCAAAGAUUCAACUCAACACUCAAUAGCAAGUUAAUCAAUUGUAUCCUAUAGAAUAUGUUAAAGUAUAUCACAUCAUAUAUUUAGCUUGACUUUGGAGGCUGAUUCGGUGAUACCUACGUCUAUGGUUACUAUAAAAAGCUUAUUUAGCAAUUCCUAGUUGAAGUUCGAUGAAAUUAGUAUUCUCUCAAAUAGAUGUUUAAGAUGCUACGGUGGCUUAGUUCAAAUAUUGGGAGUAAAUGCUGGGAGCAUGUUGGUUCUGAAUCAUAUAAACUGCAAAGAAAACACAGUGGGUUAUUAUGGAUGCCUGUUAAUUCAAUAAUAAUAGAGUAUAAGGGAAUUCGUACCGAACCAAAAUUUGAUGGAUUUGAAUGUUACCUAAUUUCCCAACAGGCUGUUACAGUUAAGGAAAGACUGCACUGUCUCGAUAGCUUAAUCAAUGUUCUCAUCUAAUAGAGCCAGCAUAGGGAGUGCCAUUAGUAUAUUGGGCUUGAAUGCGUUAGUCUAGAAUAGUACCUUCUCGGAUAAUAGGGCAAGUCUUGCUGGAGCAGGAGUUUACUACAUGAACAUUGGUGGAGAUUUCGAAACUUCAUUAUAUGUCUACAAUUUAUCAUUCUAAAGCAACAAAGCAUAAGUCGGAGCUGCAUUCUACCUAGUUAACAAGGAAUUAGCAGAUGUAAAAUCCUUGCUAAUUAAAUUCGAAUACAACAACGCAACCAUACAGGCAGACAAUAUACAAGAGAAUUCAAGAAGAUAGACUCUUUCAAUGAAUGAGGGUUCCUAUUAUCAAGUGCAGACCUACCUGAAUCUAAGUGGAGAUUAGAAUCUUGAUGGAAACAUAGAUGGUGUGAAUUAAAUAAUUAGGGAAAAUGUCACUUUUGAUUAUCAUACGAUUGGCAACUAUCCUGAGAAGACUAAUCUGCUAAUCUUACCUUCAGGGUAAUCUAUAAACACAUAUGAAUACUAUUUCGAAGAAACACAUGAAUACAUUCCUUACGAAUGGAUAUUUAGAGUGAUUAAUUUGAACAGAUUUAAUGAGCCUGUAGUUAACAAUGAAGAUGGAGAUAAGUGCUAUAUUUUCGGUAGAAUAUAAAAAUUCUCGAACUAUUCUGAAAAAUUAUCUUUUACUAAUAAUUUCACAAUUCCCAAUGAAAUGCUCUAUAGCAAGAAUUUAAAAGGCUAUAUUUUAGACGAUAUGCAAUUAUCCUUUGAUCCUUAUUUUGAUAAAGACUUUUAUUUGGAAUUGCAAAGUAACACUCAAUCAUAAAUUAGUUAAAUGUGACAAGAUGGUUAUUCCAGUAUAUUCUAAUCCACCUGAUUAUAAAAUAUUGGGGUACAAUAAGGGUUAUGAAUUAAUAUUAAAUGUUAGAACAUUUCCCUGUUAAAAAGGAGAAGUCUAUUAACUUGGUCGUUGCAUACCAUGCAGUCCAAAAUUAAACUAAUAUUCUGUUAUCAUAGGAGGUGUAUUAUGCUCUUAGUUUAAUUCUGAUUAUAUGGUUGCCAUAGAAUAAUCACAAAUUUAAUUGAAGGCGGGAUAUUGGAGACCUGAUUAUAAUAAUGAUUAAACCUUUUAUUGUGAAAAUUUAGAUUCUAAUUGCAAUGGAGGGUGGGUUCCUGGUGAUCCUUCUUGUUAUACUGGACAUCUAGGAGCACUGUGUGAAUCGUGUGACCUAUAUCAAAUAUACAAUGAGGAAAGUUAUACUUAGACCUCAGCAUAUAAAUGUGCAAGGUGUGAACCAACUAUGAAAAUAAACUACAUAGUUCUGAUAGCUACAUCAAUAACAUCCUUUGCAUCUAUGGUUAUAGCAGUAAAAGGCAGCUAUGAAUCAUCAAUGUAAUUUAUUAUUGAAGAAACUCUGGACAUAUGGGGGAUUUUACUAAAAAGCUCUUAGAGUAAUUUAGAUGUUUUGAUGAAAGUUCUUACAAAUUACUUUUAAAUCAUCUAAUUCAUUACUUCAUUUUAGAUAUCCAUUCCCAGUGCAAUCAAAUAGACAACCUAGGCUGGAGGCAACCCUACUGAAAGUACUACCUCUGCCAUGGAUUGUCUCUAUGUGACUAUGUCUGAUUUAGAUGUAUUAUACUUUAGAAUGGUUUGGGCAUUCAUCUAGCCAUCAAUAUAUUUGAUUAGUUUUUAUAUUAUCUAUUUUGUUGGAGUUGCUACAAAAAAGAUACCUUAUAAAGUUAACAUUAUUACUACAGCCCUUAUCUACUAAUUCCUCUAUUUAUAGCCUACGUAUGUUGAAGGAUUCAUAGUCUUAGCAUCCUUUAGAACAGUAAGUGGUUAUCAAUAUGUACAGAGAGAUGUUGCAUAUAGAUAUGAUAGUUCCAUGCAUUAAUACUACCUCUCGAGGUUUAUCAUACCCAUGCUAAUUGUUUGGGUCACGUUCUUACCUUUACUAUUUUUAUUUUUGGUUUACAAGAAUCGAGCUACAAUCCACACCAAGUAAACAAAAUUAAUUUAUGGAUUCUUCUACUUAGAAUACUAGUUAAACAGUUAUCUUUGGGAAUUUGUUAAAUUAUUCCAAAAGGAAUUCAUGGUCAUCAUUUUAGCAUAUUACGAAAGUCAAGUUACUGUUAAGGGAUUGUUAUUGGUUGUAGUAAUGUUUCUCUAUGGGUUCUACUAAAUUUAGAUAUCACCUUAUAGUAAUAAGAGACUCAAUAUGCUGGACAGGUAUUCAACUGUUAUUUUGUCAAUUUCAUUAGCUAUGGGGGUUUUAUUGAAAUCAUGCUAAGAUUCAGAAUUUGACUAUUUAGUUCUUAUCGUGGCUAUUUUCAUAAUCCUAAUCAAUGUUCUAUUCCUAUUGUCGAUUAUUUAUUACAUUUUUGAAGGGUAUGUCAUCAAAUUGUCCCCCAUCCUCGAUAAAAUAAGGGAUGUACUUAAUGAGAAGUACCCAGAUUUAGGAAUAAGGUACCCACGGCUAAGACCCUACUUAUAUAAUAAAGCUUAAAUGACUAUCAGGGUGAAGGCAUUAUGGGCAACCUUACGAGAAGCAGUUAAAGACACCAAUGAAAUUUGUAAAGAACAUGGUAUUAAGUUUAAAAAGAUUUUCCCUCCUUAUGCAAAAGAAGAGGAACUUCCGGUCAGUUUUGAGAACAUUUCGAUUGAAAUUAAAUCAAACUAAAUUGAAGAUAAAUAACCCUUAAUAGUUUAAGAUGCCUCCUUUAUUCAAAACCAUUAAGACAAUUCACAAAAUUAACCAUCAAGUGCAAUAAGACUCUAAUUUAUCAACAGCAAGGGAGUAGUAUAACAAAGUUAGUUUUUCACUUCAUCAUUCAUGAUCAACGAGUCUUAAGAACCUAUAGCAAUGACAGGCUUAUGCAUAGAGUAAUGGAUUGAUUAGACUUAGUAUUAAGGGUUAAUUGUUGAAGGUAAAAAGUAAGGGAAGGGACUAUUAAUUUGGCCUUUCUAAGAAAAUUAAAAGUAACAAGAAUAAUAUGAAGGUGAAUUCUAUAAUAACCUUUUUGAAGGUUAUGGUGUAUAUAAAUGGAGUGAUGGAAAAGUAUAUGAAGGAGGAUGGAAAGAAGGCAAAAGGCAUGGAUACGGAAAAUAUCAAGGAUUAAGCUAACAGUAUGAAGGGGAGUUCUAAAAUGAUUUGUAUUAAGGAUAGGGAAUCUUAAGUAUAGGAAAUAAGAUAAUUACAGGAUCUUUUACUAAAGGCAAAAUGGAUGGAGAGAUGCACAUUGUGAUAGGAAGAAAAAAGAAAAGAAGAGGAAUUUGGAAGGAAGGAGCGUUUGUGAAAUGGAUUGAUUGA